AUGGCUAAGUUGAACAUGGGUCCGGUUAAGGCAUUUAGCAUCAUGAAGACUAUCUUUAGUGGGUUUGAAAAGGUGGGGUCAAACAAAGUUGAUUUUAAGAACUACAAGAGGCAAAUUAAUCUGUUUAUCGGAGAAUAUGAUGCAAAGAUGGUUGUGAGAUAUUUGCAUGAAAAGAAACAGUCCCAGCCUAAUUUUUCGUAUAAUUACUUCACAGACGAUGACUAUCGGUUGAAGGGUCUGUUUUGGUGCGAUGAUCAAUGCAAACUCUUAGUGGCCUUUUCAGGAUUAACCAUUUAUGUCUUACUAUUUUUUGUUUUCAAAUACUCUAUGGUGUUUGUACCUUCUACUUGUAUAGAUAAUCAUCACUGCGUUGGUGAUCAACCAAAAGUUGUAUUAACUGAUCAAGAUCCAACAAUGAAGAAGACUAUAUCUGUUGUUGGGAUAAGGUUAUAUAAUUCCACCGACUUCAAGGAAUGUAUUUGUGGUGUUGUAUGGAUGGAUAUACUUACACCUGAAGAGUUUGAAUCAUGCUGCGAAAAGGUUAUGGAAGAGUUCAAUAUAGUCGAUAACGACUGGUUAUCUGAUAUUUUUGCUCUUAGGGAAUCAUGGAUCCUUACAUACUACAGGAUUGAGUUUCUAUUAGGUCAUAUGCGUACAACGUCGAGGUUCGAGAGUGAAAACCAUUUCUUUGGUCAAAUAUGUAAUGCAAAAUCAACUCUUGUCGAGUUCAUGGCGCAUUAUGAAACUGCAAUAGAAGCACAGUGCCAUAAGCAUCGGAAAAACGACCAUGAAAGUCGAUACAAAUGCUCUGAGCUGAAAAGUAAUUAUAGAGUGUUGGAGAGCCAAGCCUCUAAGAUAUAUACCAAAAAAAAAAUUUCAAGAUAUACAAACUGA